GGCGCGUUUGUUUUCGUUUCCUUUUCUGUUUUUCAUUAAUCUUGAAUAGUGUAUUGACUUGCCGGAUCUGUGUCACCAACUCCGGCGGUGUAAAACCCUAAACCCCGCCCUGCUUUUUCGCCGCCGACUUAAAGAGUUAUGAAGGUCUUCCAUCUCGACCGUGAGAACACUCUAUCUGUGUCUCUCUUCUCCGAUGUCACCAACUCCAAGGAGCUCUUGAGUUCGAUUCUAGAUGGAACUCUGAAGCUGGAGGUCUCAUUUCUCAAUGCAUUACUCAUACCAGACGUUUUCCCUCUCUUAGCUGCUGCUCAGAAAGCACUCGUCUCCAAAUCACGCGAUUCUUUAUCUACCCGAACUCUUCAUUCUGAGCUCGUUUACAACUACUCUGGAUCUAAACAUAUUACGGAAUCAUUGAAACGAUGUGGGAUAUCUGAAAGCUGCUCUACUUACAUCUUAGCUGCCCGAUUCAAUGCUUCGCCCCUUGAGAUGGAGGAGGUGGCUAAAUUGAUCAACGGGAAGGAGAUUGACUUGGAGGAGUUAAAGACGCAUGCUAAUCAAGCCCAUAUGCUAAAGCAUUACAAGAUAACUAGCCAAGAACUCGGGAUAUCCUCUCUCGAAGAUGCCAUUGUUUGCCGGAUCUCUGCACGCGACGCUUUGUAGAAGAAGAGACAUCUUUCUCUGUGUUCUUAUCAAUUAUAGUAGUUUUUUUUUUUGCUCAGCUAUAACUAAAUGUUACAACUCGUUUUGUAGUUCUUAUCAGUUAACCUCUUUAUUUAUUUCUUGUCCUCGUUUAGUUUGAACUAUGAGACGAACAUAUUAAAAUACAAAAAUUGAUGCACUAGUAAUAAAUUACAUGUUCUUUGCUCACUUUAAACAAAGUCAUUCCAGUGUCAACUCUCUUCUUCAACUAAAACAAGAAAGAGCUCAAUUUUUAUGAACCAAAUACAAUUCUCGAAAGAGCAAAGUUGGAGAAGAAGAAGAAUCACUGGAACAUAUCAGCAAUAGUGUUGCCUGAAUCCGAAGAAUCUCCAUUCCCAAAAUCCAU